UUUUUUAUCGGUGUUCAGCUUUCCAAAGCAGAUAUAGAGAAGGAAGUGGAUGUCGGUGAUCGAGUUCGUGCUUCUUGUUUUCAUAUUGUGCGAGAUGCUGUUUUCCGGGGAGACAAUGGCCAACAAUUUCUGAUCGUGGAUAUUUCCUUUUUUCUGUGUGGUGCAUAAAGAAGGGGGCGUCCUUUUUUCCCGGAUUUUCGCCCUUUUUCGGGGAUGAGGAUGCGAUAUGAAGUCGUGUUGGUCGUCGGGAUUUUAGGGUUUCUGUCAGCAAGGACAAAAGCGCGGAACUCGCUAUGUCCUUACGACACCACGAUCACUACAGUACCGGAACUUCUGCGGUACUUGUCGCAUCGCGGCGACUUGCUCAACUGGAUUUUCGGUGACCUGAGGUACGUGGGUAACCUGACACGAAUGGACGCGGCCCCGGAUGCUCUGGCUGCAUGUUACGGGGAAUGCAUGGCCUGCUCCACGACGCUGUUCUUCCUUCGAAGGUGAUGCACAUUCUUCUUACCAGCAAUGAUGAUACAAU